AUGCGCGUGGGCUACCUCGCGCUCAUCGCCUUCUGCGCCUUUGCUGUGCGCCGCGCCCUGCACAUUCCCCCAGACCCCUCCGUCUCAGGUGCUCAUUACCUCUCUGUCUGUCUCAGCUGCUCAUUCUCAUUCCAUCUGUCUCAGCUGCUCAUUACCUGCGCCUUUGCUGUGCGCCGCGCCCUGCACAUUCCCCCAGACCCCUCCGUCUCAGACUUCGUAUCAGAGCACACGAGCAGCAAGUGGGCCGCAGCCGCACGCGCGCAAGCAGCAGCAGCAAGGGAGAAAGGAGCAGACGGGGCAGGGGGGGUAAGCCACGGGCUGGGAGCAGCGCUGGCAGCGGCAGCAGCAGAGGGCAUAGACGAGCAGUUGCUGCAGCGGCAGAUGCGCUGGUCUGAGAAGCCCACGUCACUCUGCUUCGGCCAUGGCAACCUCACACUGCUCACUGUCGCACUGGACCUGCCCCAGGACUAUGUGGUGUUGAUGCGGCGCAACCGGCUGCUGUACUGUGCGCUCCAUGCAUGCAGAUACUGCGAGGUGGCUGUCAGCCUUGACUACGUGCGCCCCCACGCCUGGUCCAAGGUGCGAGCCACGCUGCUGGUGCUUUCCUUCGCAGACACAGUGGUGCACAUAGACGCGGAUGCGCUCAUCCUCAACCACACGCUCUCCUUCCACUCGCUGCUCGACCUCCCCACACCCUACAACACGUCGCGCAGCGAUGCUGUGUACACCAUGGGGUACCGGUAUGGCCGGUAUGCUGAGCCGAGGGCGGAGUCGCAGGUCAACACGGGCGUGUAUGUCAUGCGCAGCACGGCUUGGAGCAAGUCGUUCCUGGAGGCGCAGUACCAGUUCUACCACUCGUCCAUCAGGCAGGAGUUCUGGGAUCAUGACGCCAUUGACCUCUACCGCCUCAAGCACCCAGAGGAUUUCCAUGCCCACGUCAGCAUCAUCCCAUACAGGCAGUCUCCUCCCAUCACCAACCGUCCCCUUUUUUAUCAAGCGUUUACUGUAACUGAUGACCGUUACGUUCAUCCGUCCCCUCCGGUCUUCCUUGGCAGGCACAUGAGUGUGCCGUGCAGCCACACGCAGAACGAGUACACCCCGGGGGACUUCAUCAUAGUGCCUUAUGCGGGCGGGCACAACAUUCGAGGCGCCUAA